AUGUCUUCAAGAAAAAUUCAAACAUUUAGGAAAAGAAUACUGACUGAAAAUCAUUUUAAAAGGUUUUGGUAUGGUGGGCUCGCUAGUAUGGCUGCUUGUUUAGUUACUCAUCCCUUAGAUCUAGCGAAAGUUAGACUACAAACAGCAGCGAAACCAGGACAAUCACUAAUUGGGAUGUUAUAUCAUAUAGUGACGAAAGAUGGGAUAACGAAAAUAUAUUCAGGGUUAACUGCAUCGUUAUUAAGGCAGGCAACUUAUUCAACUACAAGAUUUGGAGUAUACGAAUACCUAAAAGAAUUGUAUAUAAAUAAGACACAUAAUACGAAGCCUAGCACUGUGGUUCUUUUACCCAUGUCAAUGGUAGCUGGUGCUUUGGGAGGUUUAGUGGGGAACCCAUCUGAUGUUGUUAAUAUAAGAAUGCAAAAUGACUCAACAUUACCGUCAAAUCAAAGAAGGAAUUAUAAGAAUGCAUUUGAUGGAAUUUAUAGAAUUUGCAAAAACGAAAAUGUCUCCUCAUUAUUUAGAGGUUUAUCACCCAAUUUAGUAAGAGGAGUUUUAAUGACAGCUUCUCAGGUUGUAACAUAUGAUAUUGCAAAGACAUUUUUAAUUGAUAAAAUUCAUAUGGAUCCUUCGAAAAAAAGUACCCAUUUCAGUGCUUCGUUGAUUGCAGGUUUAGUUGCUACAACAGUAUGUUCUCCUGCGGAUGUUGUCAAAACUAGGAUCAUGAAUAGCAAAGGAAGUGGCCAGAGCGCAAUUUCAAUCUUGGUAAAUGCGGUGAAACAUGAAGGAAUUGGGUUUUUAUUCAGGGGCUGGCUACCUUCGUUCAUCAGACUAGGACCUCAUACAAUUGUAACAUUUUUAGUGCUAGAGCAGUUAAGGAAGUUUAAGCUAGGUAUGUGA